GCGCGCGCCCCGCCCCGCCCGCCGCGCCGAGCGCCCCCGGCCCCGCGCGACCGCACCGGCCCCGCUCCGGCCCCGCUCCCGGUCCCGCUCCGCCCCAGCCCCGCUCCGCUCCGCCAUGACCCUCCUCGCCGCCGGCAGCCGGGCGGCCGCGCGCCUCCGCGGGCCCAAGAAUGCGCCCUGCAUCCUCUUCGCCGCCCGCCACGCCAGCGCCGCCACGAACCUGAAAGAUGUCCUGGCCAGCAUGAUCCCCAAGGAGCAGGCGAAGAUCAAGAGCUUCAGGCAGCAGCACGGCAGCACGGCCAUCGGGCAGAUCACAGUGGACAUGGUGUACGGCGGGAUGAGGGGCAUGAAGGGACUGAUAUAUGAGACCUCCGUGCUGGAUCCUGAUGAGGGCAUCCGCUUCCGCGGGUACAGCAUCCCUGAGUGCCAGAAGCUGCUGCCCAAGGCCGCGGGGGGAGAGGAGCCGCUGCCCGAGGGGCUUUUCUGGCUGCUGGUGACAGGCGAGGUGCCCACGCAGGAGCAGGCGAGCUGGCUGUCCCGCGAGUGGGCACGGCGCGCGGCGCUGCCCUCCCACGUGGUGACCAUGCUGGACAACUUCCCCACCAACCUGCACCCCAUGUCCCAGCUGAGCGCCGCCAUCACCGCCCUCAACAGCGAGAGCAAGUUCGCCCGCGCCUACGCCGAGGGCAUCCACCGCGCCAAGUACUGGGAGUUUGUCUACGAGGACGCCAUGGACCUGAUCGCCAAACUGCCCUGCGUUGCCGCGAAGAUCUACCGCAACCUGUACCGCGAGGGCAGCAGCAUCGGAGCCAUCGACCCCAACCUCGACUGGUCCCACAACUUCACCAACAUGCUGGGCUACACCGACCCCCAGUUCAUCGAGCUGAUGCGCCUCUACCUCACCAUCCACAGCGACCACGAGGGGGGAAAUGUGAGCGCCCACACCAGCCACCUGGUCGGCAGCGCCCUCUCCGACCCGUACCUCGCCUUCGCCGCCGCUAUGAACGGGCUGGCCGGGCCCCUGCACGGCCUCGCCAACCAGGAGGUGCUGCUCUGGCUGACAGACCUGCAGAAGGAGUUGGGCCAGGAAGUGUCUGAUGAGAAGCUACGGGAUUUCAUCUGGAACACACUCAACUCCGGCCGGGUGGUGCCGGGCUACGGGCACGCGGUGCUGCGCAAAACGGAUCCGCGCUACACGUGCCAGCGGGAAUUCGCCCUUAAGCACCUCCCCAAGGACCCCCUGUUCAAGCUGGUGGCGCAGCUCUACAAGAUCGUCCCCAACGUGCUGCUGGAGCAGGGCAAGGCCAAGAACCCUUGGCCCAACGUGGACGCGCACAGCGGCGUGCUGCUGCAGUAUUACGGGAUGAAGGAGAUGAAUUACUACACGGUGCUGUUUGGCGUCUCCCGCGCGCUGGGCGUCCUCUCGCAGCUCAUCUGGAGCCGAGCGUUGGGUUUCCCGCUGGAGAGACCCAAGUCCAUGAGCACUAAGGGCCUCAUGCAGCUCGUGGGCUACAAAUCCGGGUGAAGAAGGGACGGGGACGGGUCUUGCCGCCCGCUGCUCCCCAGGGAAUGCUGCGCUGCCGGGCGCGCCCGGACCCGCUCAGCACUGAAGCCCUUCUCGGGCGCCGGUGGGGGCUCCUGUGGGGCAAGCGGAGCCCCCCACCUGCGCUCCUCUCCCCUCCCCGCAGCCCUGGGGUCCCCCUUGCCCCACAGCCCCCACCCCAGCGAGGCUGUGGGGCGAGCAGGGCCCCCCUCUGCUGCUCCUCUCCCCUCCCCAUCAUCCCCAGGGGGGGCAAAGGCAGCCCCCUGGGUCCCUCCUGCCCCACAGACGCUGUUCCAGCUGUGGGGCUCCUGUGGGGCGAGUGGAGGCCCCUCCGCCACUUCUCUCCCCUCCCCACCGCCCUGGCGUCUCCCCCACCCCACAGCCCC